AAACUGUCAAACAAAGGGAAAGCUCACAGUUAGUUCUCCGCACGGGGCCUUCAGUCUAAAACACUACAGCCCCUUAAAACGUGAUAGAAAUGUGUGAACCGAACGUGGGGAGGAUUACAGAAAUAAACUGCAACAAAGCUGAUAAACCAUUAUGAUACCCAUCACUGAACUCCGGUACUUUGCUGACACUCAGCCGGCGUACCGCAUCCUAAAGCCAUGGUGGGACGUUUUUACAGACUACAUCUCAAUCGUCAUGCUGAUGAUUGCAGUGUUUGGUGGGACACUGCAGGUCACUCAGGACAAGAUGAUAUGCCUACCUUGCAAGUGGGUGAGCAAUACAACCUGUGAGACUCGGCCAGUGCCAAAUAUCACCAUUCCCUAUGCACCGGAACCUAAAGGCAUUCAAUAUGACCUUGACCGCCAUCAGUAUAAUUAUGUGGACGCUGUGUGUUAUGAGAACAAAUUGCACUGGUUUGCCAAAUAUUUCCCCUAUCUGGUGCUGCUCCACACUCUUAUCUUUCUUGCCUGCAGUAACUUUUGGUUCAAGUUCCCCCGCACAAGUUCAAAACUGGAGCAUUUUGUUUCUAUACUUUUGAAGUGCUUUGACUCCCCAUGGACAACAAGAGCUUUGUCAGAGACUGUGGUGGAGGAGAGUGACCCUAAGCCUCCAGGCAAAAUGAAUGGCUCAAUGGAUAAGAAAGCAUCUAGUAUCAGCGAAGAUGUGGAGGCUAGUGUGCCCAUGCUUCAACGAACCAAGUCCAGAAUUGAACAGGGGAUUGUAGACCGUUCGGACACUGGUGUUUUAGACAAGAAGGAGGGUGAGCAGGCUAAGGCACUUUUUGAGAAAGUGAAGAAGUUUAGGAUUCAUGUUGAAGAAGGCGAUAUAGUCUACUGUCUUUAUAUACGACAGACCAUCAUCAAAGUAAUCAAGUUCAUCCUAAUAAUUUCUUACACUGCUUACUAUGUCCAGAAUAUAAAGUUUAAUGUAGUGUGCAAUGUAAAGGCCAUGGAGAAGCUCACAGGGUACGGCAUGUUUUACUGCGCCCACCCACUGGCCACUCUUUUUAAGAUUUUAGCUUGUUUUUACAUUAGCUUGGUUGUUGUUUAUGGUUUGAUCUGCAUGUACACACUUUGUUGGAUGCUCAGUCGCUCCCUAAAACGGUACUCAUUUGAGUCAAUCCGCGAAGAGAGUAGUUAUAGUGACAUACCCGACGUUAAGAAUGAUUUUGCCUUCAUGUUACAUAUGAUAGAUCAGUAUGACCCUUUAUACUCCAAACGCUUUGCAGUUUUUCUCUCUGAGGUGAGUGAGAACAAGCUGAGGCAACUCAACUUGAACAAUGAGUGGACUCUAGAGAAGCUUAGGCAGCGCAUCACCAAAAACUCUCAGGAUAAGCUGGAGUUACAUCUCUUUAUGCUCAGUGGCAUUCCAGACACUGUAUUUGAUCUGGUGGAGCUAGAAGUGCUUAAACUUGAGCUAAUACCUGAUGUUACUAUUCCUCCAAUUAUUGCACAGCUUUCCAACUUGAGAGAGAUGUGGCUUUAUCACACUCCAGCCAAAAUUGAGGCCCCAGCGCUGGCUUUUUUGAGGGAAAACCUUAAGUCUCUCCACAUCAAGUUCACUGAUAUCAAGGAGAUUCCAUUAUGGAUUUACAGUUUAAAGAACCUCAGUGAACUGCACCUAACUGGCAACCUCAGUGCUGAUAAUAACCGCUUUAUCAUCAUUGAUGGCCUCCGUGAACUGAAACGUCUCAAAGUGCUGCGUUUGAAGAGCAAUCUGACAAAACUCCCCCAGGUUGUGACUGAUGUUGGUGUACAUCUUCAGAAGCUCUCCAUCAACAAUGAAGGAACCAAGCUCAUGGUUCUCAACAGUUUGAAGAAAAUGGUCAACCUCUCAGAACUGGAACUGGUUCGUUGUGACCUUGAACGUAUUCCGCACUCCAUUUUUAGUUUGCACAACCUGCAGGAAAUUGACCUGAAGGACAACAACCUGAAGACUAUAGAGGAGAUCAUCAGCUUUCAACACUUGCACCGACUUGUGUGCCUCAAGCUGUGGUACAACCAGAUCGCGUACAUCCCCAUUCAGAUCGGCACUCUCACCAACCUGGAGAGGCUCUAUCUCAAUAGGAACAAGAUUGAGAAAAUCCCCAGUCAGCUGUUUUUCUGCCGCAAGCUUCGAUUCCUAGACCUGAGUCACAAUAACCUGACGAGUAUUCCAGCAGAUGUUGGUUUCCUCCAAAACUUACAGUACUUUGCUGUAACUGCAAAUAGGAUUGAGACUUUGCCUCCGGAGUUAUUCCAGUGCAAGAAGCUGCGCACUUUGAAUCUUGGAAACAACUGCCUGCAGACUCUUCCAUCACGGUUUGGAGAGCUCACUGGCCUCACUCAACUGGAGCUCAGAGGGAACCGUCUGGAGUGCUUGCCUGUGGAGCUGGGGGAGUGCCGCCUUCUAAAGAGAAGUGGCCUGGUCGUGGAGGAAGAUCUGUUUAACACUUUGCCAUCAGAAGUGAAAGAGCAGCUUUGGAGGGCUGAUAAGGAACAAGUCUGAGUCAAACACAGUCCAAAGCUUUACUGUUGGAGGAAUAUGAGAAAAACAAGCACACUCCUAUUGUUUUUAUGAUGGCAGGCAAUCCUAACGAGGUGUACUUUUUAGGAUUGCCAGUGUGUGCUUCUGAUAUUUUUGUUAGUACUGCCUCUAUAUCAAAAUCAUGGAUGUCACUGUAAUUGGCCCAUUUAAAUAUUCACCACAGUGACUCUAUAUAAUACUUUUUCAUCUUAACAAGAAGGCCUUAUGUUUUCUGACACCAAGCAUGUCCUUAAGAGACAAACAAAGCUAAGUUCACCAUUGGUCUAAUCAUGCACUAGUUGGAUCAGUGUUUUAGCAAUACUUUGCAAUCAUUUAUUUCUAUGAGACCCAUGUCUAGCUUUCUUUCUUGCUGCCCUCAAGAUGAAUCAACAGCAUACGUAAGCCUUAAUCUGACAUUGAACUAUACCAAUGGAUAUUGAUUGGAACAACACUUCUAGAUCAUGUCUGAAUGAGCACUUUGCAUGGUAAAUAAUAAACAAUUUCUUGUUUAAGUAUGACUCGGUUCAACUUAACUGAGAUCGUAGGUGAGUCUUAACAUUUGUAUCUCUUGAACCUGACAUUUAUAUAGCAUGGUUUUCAUCCACACGUCAUGUUUGAGCAUGUAAAAAAGACUGAUUCACAAAGGCUGGGUGCAGUUCUUUAACUAAUGUUUUUAUCCGUUUUUAUUGCCUUUUUGUAUUGUAUAUGCCUGUAAUCCAGAAAUGACCUUUAUCCAGUAUAUGGCAGUAUGUGCUUUACUAUAGUGUAGAGUCCUAUAAUGAGGUAUACCUUUUGUACAGGGUAAAUAAUAUUUGACAGACUCCACACAUAGUGCUUUUUUUAUUGUCUUAACAUGAAUGACGCAAGCUUGCACAGUGUGAUUGAGAUAUUUAAAGGUUUUUUUCUUCACUACUAUUAGGCUAAAAUACUUUAAGGGUGGUAGUAUGAAUAUUUCAGAUACAAGCAGCCACAGCAUGCUGAAUGUAUCUUAGUAACAGGGUUGAAUGGUGCAACUAACAUGGAUUAAUUGAGUUAAGUUUACUCUAACCAUGACAAGCACGACUUGUUAAAGCCUUAUUAUAGAUGUAUGUGAUAUUGAAAAUUUAAAAAAGAUUGCCUUGCUGGUACAGUGUAUUACCAAAAUGUAACUUUGGUACUUUUGUUAUAACCAGAUGUUUGUUUUGUUGUUUUUUUUUACAAUGCCAUUUUUAAAAAUGUUAUAUUUCUUUUUUUCUUUUUUUUUCUUUUUUACAUUUAUUUAUGUGGCAAAUGAUGUUUAAGGUUCAGUCUUUAAGAAUGGUCUGUUAAAUGAGAUUCAAAUAGAAAAGUCUCAAAGUCAAUGCUUUAUCAAAGAAAAAAACACAUUUCGAAGCAACUACUUGUUUUCGCUUUAAGAUGACCUUUUUCUGAACACAGACUUUUUUUGCUUUACUCAUUUCCCCUUUUAACACAUUUCGAAGCAACUACUUGUUUUCGCUUUAAGAUGACCUUUUUCUGCACACGGACCUUUUUUGCUUUACUCAUUUCCCCUUUUAAUCAUUGCUAGGUCUGUGACUCUGGUGACUCAAAGAAAGUUGUAUCAGCAAAUUCAACAUCUGAUUAUUGAACAAGUUGGUUACAUGAUGUGUAUUUAUAUUUAAGAGAUUGUACUUUACUGUUUGUUUAUUUUGUACCACUUCUGUAAACAUAUUUUAGGGAAUAUGUUUUUAUUUGUGCACAUUUUGACAAUCCAAAAAGUGAUCUUUAGGCUUUUUGUUUUAAUUUAUGCUCUGAAUACAAUGAUGUUUUAAUUUACAGAUGAUGGAGUUCACUGUUUUCACUUUACAGAAGUCUCCUUUAGUGUCAAUGUUUUUAUAAAGCGGACAGUUUGUUUGACCAGCUUUGAGUCAUAUGUAUGCGGCAGGCGAUCGGUGCGAACAUUCUCUCUAAAACUUUUCUAAUUGAAAAACAAAUUUGUACACUUAACAAUGGAAAGCAAUCAAUAAAAUAGCAACAUAUCAAUGCAAAAUUGU